AUGUCGGGUCUCGAAGAUGUGCAGAGCGGCCAGGGCAACAGAGGCGAGGCUCUCGACGAUAAGUCGGGUAGCACCAUCUCUGGCCUGGUCAGCACGCUGGCUGUUUGCGCCCCCAUCGCCGUUGUCUACAUGGUCAUCUUCCUCAUCCUUCGUCGGAGCCAACGUCGUUUCUAUGCGCCGCGAACCUAUCUCGGCAGUUUGCGCGAAAGCGAACGGUCGCCGAGUCUGCCCAGUGGUAUCUUCAACUGGUUCAGCCACUUUUGGAAGAUACCCGACAUUUACGCCCUCAAGCACCAGUCUCUUGAUUCGUAUCUGUUCCUCCGAUUCCUCCGUAUCUGCGCCACCAUCUGCUUGGUCGGCCUUGUCAUGACAUGGCCUGUAUUGUUCCCUGUCAAUGCUACCGGCGGAGGCACUGCCCAGCAGCUCGACAUCCUGACUUACAGCAACAUCGAUGUCACAGUCUCAUCCGGUAUUAACCGCUUGUACGCCCACGCGCUCCUCGGCUGGCUUUUCUACGGCUUUGUCAUGUACUUGAUCAUGCGGGAGUGCAUCUUCUACAUCAACUUACGCCAGGCCUUCUUGCUUUCGCCUACCUACGCCAAACGCAUCUCGUCGCGCACUGUUCUCUUCACUUCGGUCCCCGAAGCCUACCUGGAUGAGGCCAAGUUCAAGAAGCUCUUCAGCGACUCUAUCAAGAGAGUUUGGAUCACUGGUGACACUGAGAAGUUGGAUGAGCUCGUCGAGGAGCGUGACAAGGUUGCUAUGAAGCUCGAGAAGGCCCAGGUCAAGCUUAUCAAGUUGGCCAACGCUGCUCGUCUCAAGGCUGCCAAGAACGGCGCCUCUGCCGAGAAGGCCCCAACUGCUCAAGACACUGAGUCUGCGGAUGCCUCUGCUCGCUGGAUCCCCCAAAAGAAGCGCCCGACCCACCGCCUCGGCCUGCUGGGUCUCGUUGGCAAAAAGGUUGACACCAUCGAGUGGUGCCGCUCCGAGCUUCAGCGUUUGAUUCCCGAGGUUGAAGCUGGUCAGGCUGCCUACCGUUCUGGACAGGCCAAAAAGAUCCCGGCUGUGUUCGCCGAGUUCUUUACCCAGUCUGACGCCCAGGCUGCUUUCCAGGUCACCACCCACCACCAGGCUCUUCAGAUGACCCCCAAGUACAUUGGAAUCAAGCCUAAUGAAGUCAUCUGGAAGUCCCUCAGAGUAUCUUGGUGGCAGAGGGUUGUCCGCCGGUAUGCUGUCAUUGCUUUCAUCGCCGCCCUCAUCAUCUUCUGGGCCGUUCCGGUUACCCUGGUCGGUAUCAUCUCGCAAGUUUCUUACCUGGAGACUAUUUCCUUCCUCACUUGGCUCCAGAAGAUCCCCGAUGUCAUCAUGGGAGUCGUGUCUGGUCUGCUUCCCAGUGUUGCUUUGGCAGUUCUCAUGUCCUUGGUACCCGUCAUCAUGCGCCUUUGCGCCAAGCUCUCUGGCGAGCCCUCCGACUCUCGCGUCGAACUUUUUACCCAGAACGCCUACUACUGGUUCCAAUUGAUCCAGGUCUUCCUGAUCACAACCAUUUCCGGAUCGGCCGUCGCUACGAUCAAGGCAAUCGCCGACAACCCGGGUUCCAUCUUCGGCACUUUGUCCACAGCGUUGCCCAAGUCUUCUAGUUUCUACAUCAGCUAUUUCAUUGUUCAAGGUAUCACACUUGCGACUGGCGUCUUGACUCAAGUUGUCGCGUUCGCCAUUUUCACGGCUGUGCUCAAGUUCCUCACCAACACGCCUAGAGCUCUGUACCAGAAGUGGUCCACGCUUGCGGCUAUCUCUUGGGGAAGCGUACUCCCUGUCUAUACGACCAUUGCGGUUAUCAGCAUUACCUAUGCUAUUAUCGCCCCCCUGAUGCUGUUCUUCUCGACCUUGGGCAUGGGGUUGUUUUACCUUUCUUACCGCUACAACAUCCUGUUCGUUACCGACACCAAGAUCGAUACUCGCGGUCUGCUGUACCCUCGCGCCCUCAAGCAACUCUUUGCUGGUGUUUACCUGGCCGAGAUUUGCUUGAUUGGUCUCUUCGCCGUCUCGGUUGCCAUUGGACCUCUUGUUCUCAUGGUCGUCUUCCUCAUCUUCUCUGUCCUGUUCCACCUUACUCUGAACAGUGUCCUGGACCCUCUUAUGUACACACUCCCCAGAACCUUGCAGGUGGAGGAAGAGUCCUUGAACGCCGACAUCGAGGCAAUCGACCGCAAGGAUUCCGGCCGAGGCGUUUCAGAGGAGCAGAACGGCGACUCGAGCAACUUCUUCAAGAAGAUCCCCAACGUCAAGAACUUUGCUCCUGGUGGCGAGGAAAACAGUGUGGAGAAGGGCGGGAACAUCGUCACGCGAUUCCUCAAGCCUUGGAUCUUUGCCGAUUACCUUACGCUCCGCCAACUGGUUCCCCACAACGCUGCCAGCAUCGAUGAAAUGUACCCCGGUACCAUUCAAGACAAUGCCUACUUCCCUCCUUCGGUUUCUAGCUUGCCUCCUCUCCUUUGGAUCCCCGAAGACUCUGCUGGAGUUUCCAAGUCCGAGAUCGCCCAGACGAGCAAGAUCAUCCCUAUCACGGAUGAAGGUUGCCAGUUGGACGAGAAGAACAAGCUCGUAUGGGACUCGGAGGGCGCAAGACCCCCUAUCUGGGAUGAGAAGGUUUAUUACUAA